GAGAUAACUUAACUGACAGCACCCUCUCUAUAUAUAAUUUCCUUUGUCCCCUCCAGCCGGCCAAUUCCGCUCACAUCUCUAAUUUUCUCUAAAUAUCCGAUCUUGAUUUUCAAACAUAUUGUUUGAUGUUCUUGAGCUCUAUCCCCUUUUCCUGAUUUCAGUUUCACCCCCAAUUCUCGAUUGGGGGAUGAUCAAUUACAUUCAAUCUUGUUAAUCCUCCGCUGCAAUUCCAAUCCAAAUGUUCUGUUUCCGAAGCUCAAUUCCAGUUGACCACCACAUAGAAAUGGCCAAAUCCGUUUCCAAGGCGAAGCAAAAGAAUCCGAAACUCCCCCAUCACUGCGAUCAAUCCCGCUCCGCCUUGAUCGACGUUGUGAUCCUGAUCGCCGUGAUUUGCGCCUUCGGAUUCCUGCUGUAUCCCUACGUGAAGAUCCUAGGGCAGAAGACCGCGGAGCUCUCCGAGGAAGUCGCCGAGGUGGUGAUUGAGGAAGUCCUCCGCGCGCCGCUGGUGUUCGGAUGCUUAGGGCUCAGCAUAGUCUUCGCGGUGACGGCGCUGGUGGUGAUCACCGUGUGCACGGACAACCGAUGCGGCAAAGCCGGCUGCAGUGGGCUGCGGAAGGCUGCUGAAUUCGACAUUCAGUUGGAAACUGAGGACGCUGUGAGCAGGUCUAAUCUUCAGCUAUCAUCAUCAUCAUCAUCAUACAAGAAGGGGCUGUUUGAAUUGCCUCGAGAUCAUCACCGGGAGCUUGAGGCGGAGCUGAAGAAGAUGGCGCCGCCUAAUGGCAGGGCAGUGCUGGUGUUCCGAGCGAGGUGUGGAUGCUCCCUCGGUCGAAUGGAGGUGCCGGGGCCUAGGAAAUCUCGGAAGAGGAUACAUAGCAAGGCUAGCUUUCCACUACCUUUUAGAUUCGGCCAUACUUGUGCCUCUGCAAUUUGUAAUUUGCUGUUGCAGUUAAAGCUCAGACCCCUCUAAUGUAUAGAUAGAUCACUUCACUUUUGUUAGGAUAUCGCAAGGAUGGAAAUUGUUUUAUUUGUUAUGGACCUUAUCAGAAUUUUAUUCUGGGUGACAUGCCAUUCCUAUUCAGUGAUACCCCUCUUUUUCCUCA